AUGUUCCGUCUGUCUGUCAACUAUCAGGAUACUUAUGGAUCUCCCUCUCCAUUCUCUCCCCGGACCAUCCCAUCCCGUCUUCAGCCAUGGAAGAGAGAAUGCCGUCCCGUACGCGCAGAGCGGCCAAGGCCUGCAGCUUCUGUCGCCGGAGAAAGGCCAUCCAAAGCCCGGAUCGCUCGCUUAGUGGCAGAAAACGAACGGCUCCGGCAGCAGCUCGGAGAGAGAAUUGCCGGGCCUGUGCAAGAAGACACGGGCCAGGACCCGCCGGAUCACCCUGAUGGACAUCUCCAGCAACAGUCGGAAUGCGCCAAGAACGGUCAUUCUCCGUCCGUGGUAUCGGGCAUCUUCAUUUCGGCCAGCGGAGACUCCAGCUACCAUGGCCUUACCAGUACCCUGUUCGAGGGGCGGCAGGAUUCCGCCCAACUGGCUGAUCCAGCCGUUCCUGUCGAGCCCAUUCGAAAACAACUAAUGGGAGAGGCGGCGUAUCAACGCCAACUGGAAACGUUGAACUUUCAGCAAGGGAAGCUGGACUUUGAUGGCGUAGAUCCGGAGCUGGGCAUGCAUCUCUUGUCCCUGCACUGGAAUCGUCAACACCACUCCUUCCUGAUAACCUAUCGCCCGGCGUUUAUGCGGGACAUGGCCACAAAUGGCCCCUACUUUUCCAAACUCUUGUUGAACGCAAUCUAUUUUGGGGCGUCAAAGUUCAGCAAUCGGCCCGAAGUACGCAAAGACCCCAACGACGCCCGGACGGCCGGAUGGACCUUUCGCAUGAGAGUGAAAGAGCUUCUUGGAAGUGCCCUGGACCGUAGUGAGAUCACCACCAUCCAGGCCCUUCUGGUCAUGACAAGUUCGUUAUUCGCUCUCGGCGAUGAACGUAGUGCGGCAUGGCUAUAUGCGGGCACAGCCUUCCGGAUGAUCAUUGACCUAGGAAUGCACGUGGAUGCCACGAUGCUCCCAAACAUGCGCCGCCUCUCACAAGAGGAUGUGGAAAUCCGGCGGCGCGUAUUCUGGGGGGCUUUCGUGGUGGACAAGAUCCAGUCCCUAUACCAAGGACGACCCGCUAGUCUCCAGCAUUUUGAUACCAAGGUUUUGCUUUCCUUCCUGGACCACUACGAGGAGCUGGAGCCCUGGCAGCCAUUUGCAUACUCCGACGUAAAGUCAUAUCCUGGGUCCCCGGCAUACAGCGUAUCGACAUUUGCUCAGCUCUGUAAACUCUCGUUGAUCUUGAAUGAGAUCUUGAACAAGGUAUACUCGGAGAGGAGCUCGAAUCGGUCGUCUCAUGACCUCAUUGCCACUCUAAACAGUCUGGAUGCGCAGUUGAAGACCUGGUAUGGCGCCCUCCCGGACCACUUGCGCUACACCGACACCACGGGGGUGGUGCCACCACCGCACGUUCUCUCGCUACUGGCCCUCUACAAUGUCCUGGUCAUUCUGCUGCACCGGCCGUUUGUGUCCGAAGGACAUCUCCAUACGGCCGAUCCAUCAGUGGCCCUGAGUUCCUUUACCACCUGUGCGGCGGCCGCUUCCAGCAUUAUCCAACUGCUCCAAGUCUACGACCACACCUUUUCCAUCCGACGAGCGCCAUAUCUCAUCUCCUACGCGACAUAUGUGGCCGCCACGAUCUUUGUCCGAGUUGCAGCCCAACGGGAGGGCGCGAGUCGCGCUCACACCAAUCUCCAGAAUUGCCUCGACAUCUUCAAGAAGAACCAAGAGACAAACUGGGCGGUACGGCGGGCCCAAAACGUGAUCCUGCAUUUGAUGGACCGAAUGGGGGUUCGGUUAGAUGAUUCUACUGUUGCCACCGAUGACCAUCUCCAUAGUGUGGAAGACCGAUCCGAUAAUUUGGCGAUCUCAGCCGGACGACCCUUGCUAUCAACGCCAGGCAUCGGUCACGGUUCGCCACCAGAGAUAGAACCGUCCGAACUGGAUAUUGACAUGAUCAUUCAGAGUUUCAUUCGAACACAGCCUAGGCCUACGGAAGGCCAGGUGUUUGAGCCCAUGGAGUUCCCUUUUGGACCGACAGUGGCUCAUUCCACCAACCAAGGUCCCAUGGCUCCAGCGGUUGUACCCUAUGAAGAGGACUACUCCUAUCCAAGACUUGACGACAUGCUAUUUGGAUUCAACGGAUCUCCACAAGAUAACGCUUUCAGUGAUGAUUAA